UUUGAUAGUGUAGCCUGCCAAUGUUCACUUCAUACUCUUUUUUUGAAUUUCUUGUGUCUUCUCUGGUGAAAUUCCCACCUCCUACAACAGCCCAAAAAGCUUGUCUGAAGUGAACCCCACAUGGUUCAAGUUGAAAUCUAUUCCCCAUCCCCCACUAUCCAAUUGUAUUCCCCAAACCAUCCACCUCCAUGCAGUAUAUACAAACCAAUUGUAUUUAAAGAUCCCACUCUGGCAUGUUUUAGACUAAAAAAAGAAUAUCAUGAAAGCUAAACCUCAGCUUUUUGAAUUUUAUUCCAACAAAAAGAUUAUCUUAUUCAUUUCGAACAAUACAUAUUCUAAAGUGGGUGCUUAUGUAUGUGGCAAAGAAAGGAAAGAGUGUUGAUAGUUUUCUGAGAAAGAGGGGAAGUCUACAUUGAGUAUGCCGGUUCCUGGAAGAACCGCUGGAGCAGAGCCUGUCAUCUUAUCAUAACAACAUUGACAACACUUUUCACCAUAGUGCUACUCUUAUUGCUGUGGUACUACUACUGCUACACCAUAUAGUCCUCUUCACCAGCUGAAAUUCGGAGCUUCAAAAGCACAAGAGCGUUUCCAAGUUUUUCAGCUCCGGUUUUGUUUCUUCAUCCUAUUCAUUCAUAGAAAAACAAUGCAAGUUCUGGCCGGGAAACUGGUUUCUUUCAGCAUGUGUAUGGGUCUUAUCAUUCUCUUUCUGCCAUGUAUCAGCGCAUCUCAAGAACAUGUGGAAUCCAUUCGCAGCCAUACAAACAAUAAAGGCAACAUUCAUAAGGUGAUGAGUCAUAAACUGAUGUUUGAGAUUACACUACAUGGAUUCCUCCUUUGGGCAUCAAUGGGGUUUCUGAUGCCUGUUGGGAUACUGGCUAUCAGAAUGUCAAACAGAGAAGAAUGUGGAAGAAGACUUAAAAUUCUUUUCUAUGUUCAUGCAGUUUCACAGAUACUUUCUGCGCUUCUUUCCACAGCAGGAGCAGUCAUGUCUAUCAAAAGCUUUAAUAACUCCUUCAACAAUCAUCAUCAAAGACUAGGGGUAGCUUUAUAUGGUAUCAUAUGGUUGCAAGCCUUGACCGGCGUUUUACGUCCAUGGAGGGGAUCCAAGGGACGAAGUGCAUGGUUUUUUGCACACUGGUCACUAGGAACUGCAGUGGCUAUUUUAGGUGUAAUCAACAUUUACACUGGAUUGGGAGCAUAUCAUGAAAAGACGUCAAGAAGCAUAAAGCUUUGGACCAUACUUUUUACUGUGCAGAUCUCUUCGAUUGUUUUCAUUUACCUGUUUCAAGACAAAUGGUUAUAUAUACAAAAGAAAGGAGUGAUUUUGGGCCAUGAACCAGUAAGACCCACAGAACAAGAUAUUUCACCCAGAGAGAAGCAAAAGGAAUCAACUACUGAGCAUUGUUGAGCACCAUGUUAUCAGCGACUUAAUUACUAACAAUUGAGGAAUUCUUUCCAUCCCUCUCUAUUCUUCUUCUGGAUUUUCUUCCGUAGAAGAAUUGGUCCAUAGACCACAAUAAGCCCUGUAGACAGAAACUUCUAUUUGUUGGCUUAAUCGAGGAUGUUUUGCUGUUCCUUCUUUCUCAUCAAUUUUGCUCCGUCCCAGGCCUCUCUUUUUCCUGUUUCCAUCUAUAUUUGUAUAACAGGAGAUUAACACUAGGCAAAAUGAAGCUAGAUUUCCAAUAUCAUCUGACCAUGAUGAAGCCCUAUAUCCAUUAUCGAUAAGGAGGGUUCAAUUUUGUUGUACAAGGGACUGCAGUUUCAUUGGACAUGAAGCUCAACUUUUUACUCUUUAACUUUAACCUUCCUUUCAGGGAAAUGAAGGACAGCAUAUUGUGAAUGACCGUUCAUGAAGAUAAAUCAAAACGAACUUUGGAAUUAGAUUAUAACAUAGCAUUGAGUUUCCAAAAAUGGUCAGGGGUACAGCAAUCUCUCAACUCCAGAGGAUAACAACAUUCAAAUACCUUUUUUUCUCCGCCUUUAUCCUUGCAGUAACUAAAAUGAAAUUGAAUACCUUUUUGUACUAUGAUAAGCUUAUAAAACAUCAACUGAACCUUAUUUAACAGUGCAAAGACAUUUUAAAGGCAAUGGCCUUAAAUAACAAGUUCUGGCAAACAUGUUUUGCCAAUGGGGCUUUAAAAUAAGGAAACUGUUGUCCGCUGGUAAUAUAGGCAUGCAAUCAGUUGACUAAACAAACAAGUACUCAACUAGACUUCGUUCUUAUCCUCCUAGGUGGAAAAAGGACAUGGAGAGCAAGUACCAUUAUGAAUUUAGAUGAAUAAAAGCCCCAAUGUCAGAUGGAAUCCCUGAUGAAGCAAAACAGCAUUACAUGAAUGCCACCAAACUGAUGAAAUUGUUGGAUCAAGGUUUUGUUGGUGUUGGAAAACAUGAUGUCAAAGGUUGAAUAGAAACAAAAGAGCAAUGCUAGGUUGAAAACUAUAUCGAAAUGGGAUCAUGACGAUCCAUAAGUCAAGCUUGUCUAGGGGUCUGUUAUUAUCAAGUCUAAAAGUUUCUUAUGAGGCUUUCUAAAGUCUCAUCUGCAAUGAUUUCAAUAGUUUUGAAAACCUAAGGAAGAGAAAAAAAUCUAUAUAUUUUUAUAGGAAACUUUUCAGACUUUGUUAUGGUCAUGAGAAAUAUAAUUCUCUCAUGUUAUAGGUCAAUGUUUCCUGCUAGUGCUUAACAAAUAGCCACCCACUCAGUUCCUUAGCUGCAAAUUUCAUAAUACAAGAACAUCUAGCCUGCUAAAGUAAAUAUGAGAAAAUCACAUUACUUGACUAGUAAGAAUCUUUUAUAAGAUUUGGUAUAACAUCUAAGAUUUUGUUAUUCCUUUUGAUAGCUAAGUUAGGGGAGGGGAGAUUUGAACUUGGUACCUCCUUGUUGAUGGUAAGGUGUGCCAAACAUCCAACCAAAAUUUGAGAAUGACAAUGUUAGCCAGUUAAUUAUUAGUAGUAUUUUAAAUCAUUUGAAGUACCACAGAAUUGUGUAAAUAUUGUCUGCUAUAAAUGGGCUCUGGCUGUGAACUGUAUAACUGUAUUAGCUGCAUAAAAUCUUGGCAAUUAACCAGAGUUACUCAUAUUAACUCCUCCCACCACCUA